UUGUUAGUAAUAUUUGAUCAGCAGCACUUUCUGGGUGGAAAAUACCUACUAAAUGGUCCGAGCAUCCCACAACACUUGGCAGUCUGUCUAUGUGCUGCCAUUUCAUGCAACAGUGGAAGGAUCCAUUGGAGUUGAAUCGUGCAACUGUUCUAGCUGCAUCACCCUCCAAUCGCUGUAUCAAAUUCUGAUCGGCUCAUUCUUUUAUUGCUAUAUGCACUUGCUGCUGUCUCUAGACCCUGUGCAUAUGGCUUUUCUGCUGAAGAUUUUGCAAGCGUCCUAUGUUUCUGUGCCUUUUAUGAUACAAAGCUUGGAGAUUGUGCCACAUUCAAGAGCUGUAUGGCUUGUUCUGAAGAUUUUCAUGCCAACUUUGUAUCCCGAUUGUUGGGUCCGUGUGGUUGAUUCGAUGUGAAAUUUAUUCGCAGAUAGAGAUAGUCGACUUUGAUGGUCUACAAAUCAGUCAUGGGGGAAAAAGGGAAAAGAUACAAUUGGCCAGCCACAAUCUCAUGUUUGGGAAGAAGACGAGGAAAAAUCCAUGAAAGCAACACAAAAUCAUUUAGACUUUUAUAACCCACCAAAUCCUUGAUGGAGAAAAAUCCUCGAAAAAGACGACCUAAAACCCACCGAAACGAAAGAUUUUGGCUUAUCCUUGAUGAAAAUGUUCCACCCGCUCUGAAAAUAUUGGAAUGAAAGUUUUUCUUUCCAUCAUGUUAUUGUGACCGAAAAGACAUUUAUUCUAAAUGAAAGGACUUUUUCAUUCGGGACA